CUACUCCGCCGUCGCUGGAAACGGUAUAAUGCUUGCCCGCGUAAGCUUCGAUCAUGCACCUGACCGCGGGGCUCUACCAAGGCUGACCAGCUACACACUCGACAAGCUGUCAAAACCAAUGCAGCCCGAAAAAAGAUACAUUCAAACAACUCUUCCAUUUGCAAGACUACCUCGCGUCUCACCAUCGGGUACUCCGCGUUCGGCAUCACCUACAAAACUUACUUUCCGCCCGUUCUCCGAAUCGCGAACGCCUUUACACCCCUCGGCGGUUCUUGCUUCAGUCCCGUGCGGGAAAGCGGAUAACAUAUUAUUUGUGGACGAGGAUGUGGAGAGUGAUGAUGAACUGAAAAGAAGACGGCAGGAGGAGGACGAUACGGAAGUGGAUGAGGAUCUGGAUAUUAACCCUGUUGAACAAGACAAACCCAGAAAACCUAGGAUGUUGACUAUGGCUCGAAUGCUUGCAAAGCGGCAGAAAUCUGAUGAUGCUAGCUGCAAUACUGAAGAACAGUUAGGACCGCCAGUCUUCAAGCAUUGGGUCUUAUGUAAUUUCAGUGAUUCGACACCGAUAGAUCCGCCACAAGAUGAAUGGACUCCCUUGUAUGUCAAGUUGCCGUGCUCGCCGCGUAAUACAAUGCAAUGGGACGGCGAUCAACAGGCGCCAUCGCAUGAUCAACCCCGGUUUGCAAAGUGGGACGUGAUACGAACGCAUCUUCAAGGCCCUAUUCGGGAUGCAAAUGAUUUAACGCAAGUCCUGUACGCGUACAAUCCCUCAUUUAGGCGCCGGUGGGAUUUGUCUGGUUUAGAAUAUUACUUGAAUGUCGUCGUCGGCGAUGUGCCAGCCUUAUUUGAGAAAAUUAUCCCGGGAAUGGCUGAUUUAGCGCUGCGGCUGCCACAGCUGUUCCCAGAACCCAUUCCGUUUCUGAGAAAAGGAUCUAAUAGUGCCAUUACGCUGAGUCAAAUGCAGAUCGUGUGCCUUCUCGCAAAUGCGUUCUUUUGUACAUUUCCUCGACGAAAUGAUACCAGGCGAGGCGCAGAGCAUGCUACCUUCCCAUCGAUCAAUUUCAAUUCUUUAUUUACCGGAUCGAAGAGAAAGGGGCUGGAUAUGAACCGGGUGGGGAAAUUACAUGGGUUGUUUAAUUAUUUUAGGCGAGUUCUCAGUCAGAAUCCAACAGGGUCUGUCACAUUCCAUCGGCGAGUGCUAUCACCGUCGGAGAUCCCGGACUGGAGUACAAUGACUGAACCUCUGGGUCCAAUGGAGGUACGAUCUCAAGGAACCAUCGAGGAUGAUGGGGAGGGAAUGCUACAAGUCGAUUUUGCCAACAAGUUUAUUGGAGGCGGAGUAUUGGGCUACGGCUGUGUCCAAGAAGAAAUACGGUUUAUUAUCAACCCUGAACUUCUCGUGUCUCGCCUAUUCACCGAGGAAAUGCUCCCGCAUGAAGCGGUCCUCAUGAUUGGUGCCGAGAGAUUUUCAAAUUAUACUGGAUAUGGUGAUACAUUUGAAUGGGCAGGGAAUUACGUGGACAAAACCGAACGAGAUGGUCUUGGACGGCGCAAGACCGAAAUUGUUGCCAUUGAUGCCAUGUACUUUCCUCCAGGACGAGCUGAGAACCAGUACCGUGCUGAAAUGAUUUUGAGGGAGGUAAAUAAAGCUUUCGUGGGUUUUGGACAUUCGGAAACGAGUUGUUUGGAGGGAGCCGGGGUCGCUACGGGCAAUUGGGGAUGCGGAGCAUUCAACGGCGAUCCCGAACUCAAAUCCCUCGUGCAAUUGAUAGCGGCGUCAGUCGCCAAGCGGCCAAUAUUAUACUUUACAUUCGGCGACGAAGAUCUUGCGAGAAGGUUGAGAGAUGUAUAUGAGUUAAUGACGGGGCGGGGAGUGUCUGUUGGGCAGCUGUUCCGGGCUUUGACGGAAUAUUGGGCAUGCAGGCGUCAGAUGGGGAUUUUUGAGUUUCUUAAAAGAAGGUUUUCUAGUGAUGCAACGACGUAAGGUAGUGAAUUUUCAGAUGUACGUAGAAUACUUUCAGUAGGAUUUGCUAGCUAGUAAAAACAGGGGCUUCUUGAAGCUAGGAGGUGGUAGGCGAC